ACGGCGACUGACGCGUCAGUGUGUGCAGCCGGCUGCAGAAAUAAUGUGAGCGCUGCUCCGCUGCUCCGCUGCUGUCUGCGCCGAGCUCCUACCAUCACGGCCGCGAGUCCGGAUCCAGUGGCUCGAGCGCGCGAGGAAGAUGGCUGCCAUCAAGAUCCUAACGAGCACGGGUCUCUUGCUGGCGUUCUCUGCGUUGGGAUUGCUGGCCAUUGCCAUUUGUACAGAUUACUGGUACGAGACGGAUGCGCGGCGGCACCGGGAGAGGUGUAAGAAUUACGCGAACAAAAGAAAUGAUCCGGGAUACAUCUAUAUCUCCAGCCAUAACCUCCCCCUGAGGAUGCCGCCGAAGCAGGAUGAUGAUCAUCAUCAUGGGGAUCAUGUUGUGGAAGGCGAGCAGGUGGAAAGUGUGGGGGCUCGUCUGCCCCGAGUUAAACGGCAUUUCCUGGCCCCCGCUCCAGCCAUGGAAUCCCACUGCAGUCGGCAGUUCAACUCCACCAUCUCCGGGCUGUGGAGAAAGUGUCUUCGGGAAGGAUUUGACUUGGAGACUGAAGAUCUCAUAUAUAAAGGGUUGAUUCAGCGUUGCACACCAGUAAAGUACCACUACUCAUCCUCUGUUCUUCCUCGAAAUCUGCCCAUCAACAUAACCAAGACAAUACGGCAGGACGAGUGGCACGCACUCCACCUCCGCAGAAUGACAGCUGGCUUUAUAGGCAUGGCAGUAUCCAUCAUUCUCUUUGGUUGGAUCAUUGGGGUGCUGGGCUGCUGUAAACAACACGACUUGAUGCAGUAUGUAGCAGGACUUCUUUUCCUCAUGGGAGGAACAUGCUGCAUUAUCUCCCUGUGUACCUGUGUGGCAGGGAUCAAUUUCGAACUGUCCCGUUAUCCACGAUACAUGUAUGGAUUACCAGAGGACAUCAGUCAUGGGUAUGGCUGGUCCAUGUUUUGUGCCUGGGGAGGGCUGGGCCUCACCCUUCUGGCUGGAUUUCUGUGUACACUGGCCCCAUCCCUUACUGCUCCCCGCACGAUGGUUCACAAGCCCAGGCAAGAAAAUGGCAGUGUCUGACCACGGACGUAGCCUUGCACUUGUCUGACUCCUGGCUCCCGAAUCAUUUCCUUCCAAGACAUUCCUAAUGUAAACAGUUCUGUCAGGAGCAAGAAGUGGGCAAAGUGCUGUACUAUUGCUGAACUCAAGAAGCACUCGCACAUAACAGACCAACAGGACCCGCAGUUCUUUGGGGCAUACUGCUCGACCUAAAGUGGACAGAUAUAAGGAUGCUGUUAUGAAGAGGUAUUCUCUUAAAAUGGUGCUGUCUCCCUUUGUACCCAUUUUGUGUCUCACCACAAAUUGUAUAUGUAAAAAGACACGAUUUCAGUAUUAAAGAAACCCAAACAAAACAAUACGUAUAGAAUUAAGUUGUCUUCUAGUUGGGUGGACUGUACUGUGCUUGUUAUUGCCUGGAAAAUACAAAAAGGAGAUACUAACCAAAUAAAUUAUGCUGGCAUAACGUUCAACCUUGAUGGAUGUUACAAAUAUUUGAAUAAUACAUUUUUUAAAUGAUUUUGAACAACUGAUAAUUCCAAAAAUACCUGAAACCUUGACAGUGGUUCUGCUGGUAGCGGAAGAGCACAAAACACAAAGGUAAUACUGAAAUAUAAAAUUACAAUUUUAAACUUUA